AUGUUGCGCCAGCUGUGGCAGUUGCUAUCGGAUGCCAGUUGCUCAUCUUGCAAUCAAGAAAAAGGUGCAUAUAUGAUCGGUUUCAGUCAUUCGAAUACAGAAAUCGGUAUUAAUUUGGAAUUAGGCACGGCUGUUUCAACGGAAACCAAAGUUGCCCUUAAUUCUAAAACUUUGGAAAUUCUACCACCAGCUGAGGUAGAAGCCAAAUCAAACUUGUCGUUAAUGUUGAAAGAAGAGGAGCAGGGAGAAGUUUUGGCGCUGCCAAGUCCUGGAACGUUGAAUGAUAUGAUGUCAAAAGUUCAAAGUAAGUUGAAAUUCUAA